GCGGUCCGGGCUUUGGAGAACGUCGGGACUCAGGUGCUUGGGCGCCCGGCGGCCGGAGGCGUGCUAGGGGGUGUGAGCGCAGCACAGGGGAGUCCGGGGUGCGCAAAGAGGAGGGGCCCCCGGGAGCUCUAUAUGGAGGAGGGAGCCCAGAAUGGUGUGCACCAGGAAGACCAAAACUUUGGUGUCCACUUGCGUGAUCCUGAGCGGCAUGACCAACAUCAUUUGUCUGCUCUACGUGGGCUGGGUCACCAACUACAUCGCCAGCGUGUAUGUGCGGGGACAGGAGCCGGCACCCGACAAGAAGCUGGAGGAAGACAACGGGGACACCCUGAAGAUUAUUGAACGGCUGGACCACCUGGAGAAUGUCAUCAAGCAGCAUAUCCAAGAGGCCCCCGCCAAACCUGAGGAGGCAGAGGCUGAGCCCUUCACAGACUCCUCUCUGUUUGCACACUGGGGCCAGGAGCUCAGCCCCGAAGGCCGGCGUGUGGCCCUGAAGCAGUUCCAGUACUACGGCUACAAUGCCUACCUCAGUGACCGCCUACCCCUCGACCGGCCCCUGCCUGACCUCAGACCCAGUGGGUGCCGCAACCUCUCUUUCCCCAGCAGCCUCCCAGAGGUGAGCGUCGUGUUCAUCUUCGUCAACGAAGCACUCUCCGUGCUGCUGCGCUCCAUCCGCUCGGCCAUGGAGCGCACACCUCCGCACCUGCUCAAGGAGAUCAUCCUGGUGGACGACAACAGCAGUAACGAGGAGCUGAAGGAGAAGCUGUCAGAGUACGUGGACAAGGUGAACGGCCAGAAGCCAGGCUUCAUCAAGGUCGUGCGGCACAGCAAGCAGGAAGGCCUUAUCCGCUCCAGGGUCAGUGGUUGGAGGGCCGCCACUGCCCCCGUAGUGGCACUCUUUGAUGCCCACGUGGAGUUCAACGUGGGCUGGGCUGAACCCGUGCUCACCCGCAUUAAGGAGAACCGGAAACGGAUCAUCUCGCCAUCCUUUGACAACAUCAAAUACGACAACUUUGAGAUAGAAGAGUACCCGCUGGCUGCUCAGGGCUUUGAUUGGGAGCUGUGGUGCCGCUACCUAAACCCCCCUAAGGCCUGGUGGAAACUGGAGAACUCCACGGCCCCAAUCAGGAGCCCUGCCCUCAUUGGCUGCUUCAUUGUGGACCGGCAGUACUUCCAGGAGAUCGGCUUACUGGAUGAAGGCAUGGAGGUCUACGGAGGCGAGAACGUCGAGCUGGGGAUCAGGGUGUGGCAGUGUGGCGGGAGCGUAGAGGUCCUGCCCUGCUCGCGGAUUGCCCACAUUGAGCGAGCCCACAAGCCCUACACCGAGGACCUCACGGCCCAUGUCCGCAGGAACGCCCUCAGGGUGGCUGAAGUCUGGAUGGACGAAUUUAAAAGCCAUGUGUACAUGGCAUGGAACAUACCCCAAGAGGACUCAGGAAUCGACAUCGGGGACAUCACUGCAAGGAAGGCUCUGAGGAAACAGCUGCAGUGCAAGACCUUCCGGUGGUACCUGGUCAGCGUGUACCCAGAGAUGAGGAUGUACUCAGACAUCAUUGCCUAUGGGGUGCUGCAGAACUCUCUGAAGACUGAUUUGUGUCUUGAUCAGGGUCCAGACACAGAGAAUAUUCCUAUCUUGUACAUCUGCCACGGGAUGACACCCCAGAACGUGUACUACACGAGCAGUCAGCAGAUCCAAGUGGGCAUCCUGAGCCCCACGGUUGACGACGACGACAACCGGUGCCUGGUGGACGUCAACAGCCGGCCGCGGCUCAUCGAAUGCAGCUAUGCCAAAGCCAAGAGGAUGAAGCUCCACUGGCAGUUCUCGCAGCGAUAAAGGGGUUGCCCAUCAGUCCUUCCGCUCAUCCUCCAGUCGUCAGGACGGAAGUUACGAUCUGGCCCUGGAGACGAUGGAACCAGAAGGGCAGAGCGGCUUUGCCCCAGGCCACACAGUCGGCAACCAGAAAAGCAUCCUCAUCCAGCCCUCUCCCCUUUCUGUCUCACCACCGGAAUCGCCAGCAGACCUUGUGAGUUAGAGAGCUGGGCUGGUGUCAUGCCCACCCUGCCUGAACUCUACUCCAGCGUCGUAGGGUAGGACACACGACCAGGCUGCCAGGGAUAUGGGAGGGUCAGGGGCGGCUGGCCCCAGGCCCACAGAGGAAGCACCGGUGACACGGCCCAGGCUGGGUGUGGGCGGCAGAGUGCUCAGGCCACAGAAACCUGGGCCUGGCAAAGCGACAGGCUGGCCUCGCUGAGAGCAAGCGUCACAAGGGAUGCCUCUGGGUUCAAAAGUCCAGGCUCUGAGGGACAGAGUGAGGACCCAAGGAGGACCACGGCUUCGGAGGGGACGACUUGAGGCUGGCCUCCACAGUCAUCCCACCGGGGUUCCGGAGCGUGACGCGGCCACCAAAAGUGCAGAUGCCUUGGCUAUGUCGAAGGAGCCUCUUGUCCAGUGGAGAUGAGGUGGUGGUCAGUUCUGAGUGAUACAGAACGACUGGAGUUUGUCCAAAGGAGGGCAACCAGGAUGGAAAGAUGAAACCAGAUUGUCCCACAAGGAACUGGGAAUGUUUCGCCUGGUAGAGCAUGGAACCGGGCGGCCGUGGGCCUCGCCUUCCCCCGGGGGAAGGGACGAGGUGGAGAGGCGGGAUCCGACCCCCAUGUGGAAACCCGAGGGCACAGUCUGGAACCCCUUGCUGGAUGCCCCCCACACAAGGAUUUCAGCGGAGGACAACGCUCCAGAGAUGGAGUGGCCCGGGAGAGGGCGCUCAGCCAGCUGGUAGGCGAGAACGAGACGGUCGGCCUCCCAUGUCUCUCCCAACACGGGGACUCUGGGGGGCCCUUGUGAGCCCUUGCCCAGUGGCCAGUCGUCCCUCUGUCCCCUCUGGGCCUGAGCCUGCAGGCUUCUCUCUGGCUGCACCUGUGGGCCCCAGGUGAGCUGCCUUUGCUGUGCUGUGUCCCUGCUCUCGUGUUCUCCUCAGGGGAGGUGCUGGGGGGGGGGGUCGGGGCACAGCGGGAGGCUCUGCUUUACUCACUCGAAUGCUUCUGAGGAGGUUUGCGGUCCCCCGGCCAUGCCGCACACAUGGGAAAUGCGGAAUCCCACACCCGCUCCCCGACACACACAUCAGUACACUCCUGACCCCUCUGCCACCCUGCCUCCUUCACCCACUGUUCAAAGGCCCUUCUGAGGGAGCUGGAUUUCUGUUUUAAAUUUUUUUAGCUGAAGAAUAACCCAUACACAUAUAGGAACGUGGAAACGUGUACCAAAAUAAUUUUAAACAAUAAUAACUCGGUAAUUUAAAACAAAGCCAACACCCGUGUACCCACCACCCAGGUCAGGAAAUAGCACACUCCCAACCCCCCAGAAGCACCCCUUUGCCUCCUGUCAAUCAUUUUCCCACUCCCUCCUGCCCAAGAUACCCACCCCCCCCCCCCCCAGCUCCUGACUCUAAGUCUUUGGUCUUAUUUUGCCUGUUUGGAAAGUUUAUGUAAGUAGAACUGUGUAUGUGCCCUUUGGCUCCUUUUGCUAACAUUGUAUUUGUGGGAUUUCUCCUUACUGAGCAGAGCUCUGGUUUGCUCAUUUUUAGUGCUGAGUAGUAUCCCAUUAUGUGAAUAACCACAAGUUAUUUAUCCAUUCUACUGCUCAUGGACGUUUGCGUUGUUUCCAAGUUGGAGCUUUUACAAAUCCUGUUUCAGAACCGGUGCAAACAGUUCUGCCGGAUACCCACCGGGGCAUGGGGUCGGUGGGUCGCAGGGCUCAGCGGCGGGAGAGGCUGCCAGUUUCCCAGGCAGCUGUGAGAAUUGAACCUCAAUGUUCUCUUGAGGUGUCAGUGGUCGCCAUGGGGACAGCGGUGGCCGACCGGGGAUGACUUCCUUACAGAAGAGGUGUGCGUCCCCCUCUCUCACAGAGUGCUGUUCGCUGGGAUGGGCACGGGGGGCAGCUGGAGGGUGGGCUGCAGAGUCCUGCUUCU